ACAACCGCUCUCACUCUUCGUGGGAGAAAGUAAAGAAGGAGAGAGGGAAAGAGAGAGAAGGGAGAGAGAGCGUGAUUCCAGGUCUCUCUCUGCUCUCUCCACUUUGGGUACUCGUACCCAAUCUGACUCAAUGGGGCUUCAGUGCUAGGGAUUAAACUUCAAUAUAAAAUAUAUUUAUUCACCCCAAACCAAUUUUAGUGUUUAGGUUUGGUGCAUUAAUAUAGGUAACUCAUUAAGGAAGGGUUCCGGAAAAAGGUAAAGACGUCUCCAGAGGCGUGCCUUUUUGUCUGUUUCCUCACAGAAGGGUCAGUCGGGUUCCUCUCGUCGGCUGGCUUUCUGAGAGAGGAUAACUUCCCCCAUAUCCCACAUUUACAGCUGACCCAGGCCGGAGAACUACUGCAACACUAUGGAUAUUGGAGCUUGUCCCUUCCGGAAGAAACGGAGACCAUGGCGCAUGGACUUCUCCUCCUUCGCCUUGGUAACCGUGGCGCUCGCCGUGUGCCAAACAGCUGUGGUUCGAGCAGACCCGGUCGAUGUGUUACGGGCUCUGCAGGUUCCCUCUCUCCCUGAGGGUGUGAAGAAGGUCCCUGGCUUCUGCACAUCCCGUCGCUCCAGCAGCCCCGAUCAUGCUUUCCGCAUCACCAAGAAGGCCCAGAUCUCCGCCCCCACCAAGCAGCUCUUCUCAGGUCGUUUCCCGGAGAAUUUCUCCGUCAUGGCUCUGGUUAAAGCCCAGGCUGGUCUCCAGGCCUUCCUCCUCUCCAUCUACAGCGAGCAGGGCGUCCAGCAGCUGGGUAUCGAACUGGGACGUUCACCUGUUUUCCUCUACGAGGACCAGAGCGGCAAGCCAGCCCCCGAGGACUACCCACUCUUCAAAGGCGUCAACCUGGCUGAUGGCAAGUGGCAUCGCAUUGCUUUCUCUGUUUCCAAGAAGAACGUGACACUGCUGCUGGACUGCAAGAAGAAGAUGACCCGCCCUCUGCCCAGGGGCAACAAGGCAGUGGUUGACACCAAUGGCAUCACAGUGUUUGGAGCCCGCCUGCUGGACGAGGAGGUGUUCCAGGGAGACAUCCAGCAGCUGCUGAUUGCCUCCAACCCUCAAGCUGCUUAUGACUUCUGUGAACACUACAGCCCAGACUGUGACUCCCCUCUGCCCAAAACCCAGGCUCAGGACCCCAACACAUACAAGGCAGUCACUGAAAAAGCAGCAUCUGCUAAACCCACACUUGUAAAAACCAAGCCCACUCCAGCUAAGCCCGUCAAGUCUGGAUCAUAUAAACUCGUCAUCAAGCCGCCUAUGCCCACCAAAGCUUCCAAGUCCUCCAAAGCAAAGCCCACUGCAGCAGAUGUCCUCCUCUCUAAAAUCAAACCAACCAAAUCUAAGCCCACAGCUGCCCCAGCAAAGAAUGGCAACGGUAAAACUGGGGCUGUGAAGAAAGCAAAUGGUAAUGCAAAAGCUACAACUGGAGCCAAACCAACACCUCAGGUCAAAGUAAAUGGAAAUGGCAAUGGCAAGGUUGUAGCUGAGAAGAAAGCUCCUGUUACCUCGAAAGCUAACAGCAAUGGAAAAGCCACAACAGAGAAGAAAGCCAAUGGAAACGGCAAAACGGCCACUGAUGUUAAAGCAAAAGGUAACGGCAAUGGUGGGGCUAAGGCUAAUGGCAACCACAAAACUACAACAAAAAUUCAAACAACUGUGGUCAAAGCCACCAAGGCUCCUAAACCCACCAAAGCAUCAAAACCAGGACCUACAAAAUCUGCAGCCACUAAAGCUCCAAAAGUAAAAACCCAAAGCAAGACAGACGGUAAAGCCGUGACCAAAGUCCCCCCGGUGAGCAAACGGGUGAAUAACUUCGUCAGGGAUUCCCCCCCAACGAAGUCAGGUGCAACAUCUGCCCCAGUCCGACCGACUCCACCCAGACCCACAAGAGUCAACAAAGUACCGGAUAUAAAAUCGCUCCACAAACCUUUCCCACCGUUUGGCAACACAGCGCUGAGUGGAACUGGAGUCCCACCGAAGAAAGUUACCAACCGUUAUCAGCAGGAUGUAGACACUGAAUAUUCUGAGGCUGGCCACACCCCUACAGAGACUGAUUAUUACUAUGAGGAGACCUUCACACAGCCAGAGGGUGAGGUGGUUGGACAAGAAGAAAACGCUGUACAGCCUCAGGUGGAACCAGCACUGGUGGGAGAAGAGGUAGACGCCGCCAAGGCGGGUGGUACUGGAGAAGAGCUCUUCACCGAGGAGUAUGAGACUGGGGACGUGGGCCUUAAGGAGUACGACUAUAACUACAGGGACUACAAUGAACCAUCACCAGAGGCUGCAGAGGUUGAUGGCAACAUUGGCCCCGCCCUGUCCGCUGUGACAGACGAGGGAGGCGCUGCUGUUAGAGGCCAGAAAGGAGAGAAAGGCGAGCCCGCUGUCUUGGAGCCUGGAAUGCUGAUUGAAGGACCUCCAGGACCUGAGGGACCUGCUGGCCCCAGUGGACCCCCUGGAUCCUCUGGACCUCCUGGUUCUGCCGGUGACCCCGGAGAGAGGGGCCCUCCUGGUAGGCCUGGUCUUCCUGGAGCUGAUGGAGUUCCUGGACCUCCUGGAACUUCACUCAUGCUGCCUUUCCGCUUCGGGCAGAGUGGAGGAGACAAGGGGCCGGUCGUUUCUGCACAGGAGGCUCAGGCUGCAGCCAUCUUAUCCCAAGCCAGGAUGGCUCUGAAGGGGCCUCCUGGACCAAUGGGAUUCACCGGACGCCCCGGACCCCUGGGAAGUCCAGGAAGUCCUGGUUUGAAGGGAGAGCUUGGAGACCCCGGUCCUCAGGGUCCCAGGGGUCCCCACGGUUUGAUGGGCCCUCCAGGCAAAGCAGGAAGAAGAGGCCGUGCUGGAGCUGAUGGUGCCAGAGGAAUGCCAGGAGAGCCUGGAGCUAAGGGCGACCGUGGUUUCGAUGGUCUUCCUGGUCUGCCUGGUGAUAAAGGACACAGGGGUGACUCUGGACCAAUGGGACCACCAGGGGGCACAGGAGAGGACGGAGAGCGGGGAGAUGAUGGAGACGUUGGACCCAGGGGUCUCCCAGGUGAACCAGGACCUCGUGGUUUGCUCGGACCCAAAGGUCCUCCAGGAAUCCCCGGACCUCCUGGUGUUCGAGGAAACGAUGGACCCCACGGUCCCAAAGGAAGCUUGGGUCCCCAAGGUGAGCCAGGACCUCCAGGUCAGCAGGGAACCCCAGGAACUCAGGGAAUGCCGGGACCUCAGGGGGCCAUCGGACCCCCAGGAGAGAAAGGUCCCACAGGAAAACCAGGUCUCCCAGGAAUGCCUGGAGCUGAUGGGCCUCCUGGUCACCCAGGAAAGGAGGGGCCUCCUGGCACCAAGGGGAACCAGGGUCCUAACGGUCCUCAGGGAGCUAUCGGCUAUCCUGGUCCUCGGGGCGUCAAGGGAGAACAAGGCAUCCGCGGCCUGAAAGGCCACAAAGGAGAAAAGGGAGAAGACGGCUUCCCGGGAAUUAAAGGAGAUUUCGGUGUAAAGGGAGAAAGGGGAGAGAUUGGAGUAUCAGGGCCCAGAGGAGAGGACGGUCCGGAGGGGCCAAAGGGUCGUGUUGGACCCCCCGGUGAGGUUGGAGCUAUUGGACUGAUUGGUGAGAAGGGUAAACUCGGUGUACCUGGAGUUCCCGGAUAUCCUGGAAGACAAGGACCAAAGGGAUCUCUUGGAUUCCCAGGAUUCCCUGGUUCAAACGGCGAGAAGGGAACAAGGGGUCCUUCUGGCAAACCAGGUCCGAGAGGACAGAGAGGCCCGACGGGCCCCCGAGGGCAGAGAGGGCCGAGGGGGGCCACGGGGAAGCCAGGAGCAAAGGGAACCUCAGGAAGUGAUGGACCUCAUGGUCCUCCUGGAGAGAGGGGAUUGCCAGGACCUCAGGGAGCCAAUGGUUUCCCCGGACCAAAGGGACCUCCUGGACCACCAGGAAAGGAUGGGCUGCCAGGACAUCCCGGACAGAGAGGAGAAGUUGGUUUCCAAGGUAAAAUGGGUCCACCUGGGCCUCCUGGAGUUGUUGGACCUCAGGGCCCAUCAGGAGAGACCGGCCCCAUGGGUGAGCGUGGCCAUCCCGGACCUCUAGGUCCACCUGGCGAGCAGGGGCUUCCUGGUCCUUCAGGGAAAGAGGGCACCAAGGGGGACCCUGGACCCCCAGGACGCCCUGGAAAAGAUGGUCCUGCAGGACUGAGAGGCUUCCCAGGAGAGAGAGGACUUCCUGGAACCCCUGGUGGUGGAGGACUGAAGGGAGGCGAAGGACCUGCUGGACCUCCUGGACCUGCUGGGUCUCCUGGUGAGCGGGGCCCAGCUGGUACUGCUGGACCCAUUGGACCUCCUGGCAGACCAGGCCCUCAGGGCCCACCUGGACCAGCUGGAGAGAAGGGAGUCCCUGGUGAGAAAGGGCCCAUUGGCCCAGCAGGUCGGGACGGAGUGCAGGGUCCCGUGGGUCUGCCCGGCCCUGCUGGAACAGCUGGAGUUCCCGGCGAGGACGGAGACAAGGGUGAGGUUGGAGAGCCCGGUCAGAAGGGCGCCAAAGGAGGCAAAGGCGAGCAUGGUCCUCCUGGUCCACCCGGGCCGCUCGGUCCUGUAGGUCAGCCUGGUCCAGCUGGUGCUGAUGGAGAUCUUGGACCGAGGGGGCAGCAGGGUCCUUUCGGAGCUAAAGGUGACGAGGGAACUCGAGGCUUCCCAGGAGCACCAGGUCCCAUCGGACUCCAGGGAUUGCCAGGACCAUCCGGAGAGAAAGGAGAGACGGGAGAUGUUGGACCUAUGGGUCCUCCAGGCCCUCCAGGACCCCGUGGCCCUGCUGGACCCAGCGGAGCUGACGGUCCUCAAGGUCCUCCUGGUGGUAUUGGUAAUCCUGGACCUGUUGGAGAGAAGGGAGAGCCCGGUGAGGCCGGACCACCUGGAAUCGUAGGAGAGCCUGGAAAGAAGGGUCCUCGUGGAGAGCGCGGAGAGAAGGGAGAGGCGGGCCAACCUGGAACUGCUGGACCUGCCGGAGGACGAGGAGGACCAGGAGACGACGGGCCCAAAGGAAACCCAGGUCCUGUUGGUUUCCCUGGUGAUCCCGGCCCCCCUGGUGAGGUUGGGCCCAGAGGUCAGGAUGGUGCCAAGGGAGAGAGAGGAGAGGACGGAGAAGCAGGAGAAGCUGGCACCCCCGGACCUCCUGGUGAGAACGGACCUCCUGGCCCCCCAGGAAAGAGGGGUCCUGCUGGUGCAAGAGGAGCAGAGGGGCGUCAGGGAGAGAAGGGAACCAAGGGAGAUCCAGGUGCAGUCGGUCCCCCAGGAAAGACGGGUCCUGUGGGCCCUCAGGGUCAACCAGGAAAACCAGGAACCGAAGGUCUUCGAGGACUCCCGGGAUCAGUGGGCGAGCAAGGAUUACCAGGAGCUGCUGGAGAGAAAGGACCACCUGGACCUUUGGGACCGCCUGGUUUGCCCGGGCUGCGUGGAGACCCCGGAGCCAAGGGAGAGAAGGGACACCAAGGUCUUAUCGGUCUCAUCGGACCUCCGGGAGAGCAGGGAGAGAAGGGAGACCGAGGCCUUCCUGGGCCUCAGGGAUCCUCUGGACCCAAAGGAGAGACCGGACUUCCUGGAGGCACCGGACCCCUCGGCCCUGCUGGUCCUCCUGGUCUUCCUGGUCCUCAAGGUAUCAAAGGAGCUAAGGGUGCAUCUGGAGGAGCUGGACCAAAGGGAGAAAAAGGAGUACAGGGACCUCCUGGACCUCCUGGCCCACCUGGUGAGGUCAUUCAGCCGCUGCCCAUCCAGAGGAGUCCCAAGUCCAAACGCUCCAUCGAUGCCAGCCAGCUGGCACCGGAGUUUGACCCUGACAUGCCGGCAUCUGACACCGCCGGCACCGAGUUCCUGAUGGGCAGCGAAGGCAUGGAGGAGAUCUUUGGCUCUCUCAACUCCCUCCGUCAAGAGAUCGAGACGAUGCGUUUCCCUCUGGGCACUCAGGACAGCCCCGCGCGCACCUGCCAGGACCUGAACCUCAGCCAGCCGGACCUCAAAGACGGUGAGUACUGGAUCGACCCCAAUCAGGGCUGCUCCAGAGACUCCUUCAAGGUCUUCUGUAAUUUUACUACUGGAGAGACGUGUUUGUACCCGAGCAAGGACGUCAACACGGUGGAGAUGAGCUCCUGGGACAAAGAGACUCCAGGAUCGUGGUACAGUCAGUUUUCCACUGGUAGUAAGUUCUCCUACGUCGACUCUAACGGUGAGCCCGUGGGCGUGGUCCAGCUGGGCUUCCUGCGCCUCCUGAGCGUCCAGGCCCGUCAGAACCUCACCUACCACUGCCACCGCUCCGUGGCCUGGGCCGACCAAAGCGCCAAGAACAACUACCAAAGGGCGCUGCACUUCCUGGGUGCCAACGACGAGGAGCUGAGCUAUGAGACCAACCCCUACAUCAAAGCCUUGAUCGAUGGCUGCUCUUAUCGUAAGGGCUUCGACAGGACGGUCCUGGAGAUCAGCACGCCACAGCUGGAGCAUCUUCCUCUGCGGGAUAUCAAGGUGUCAGACUUUGGGGAGAAAAACCAGCAGUUUGGUUUUGAAGUGGGACCUGUUUGUUUCCAAGCCUAAGAACACAAACACACACAAUACACGCAAACACACACACACUUAGAGACACACUUAUAUAUGA